GUGUGCGCGCAGGCGCGGUGCGCGCUUGCUGAGGCCCCCGGCGGCUGCAGGCGCGCGGCGGUCGGGCAGUUCCGCGGCCCCGCGGCAGGAUCUAGCACAACAAACCAGCACUAAGCUCAGCCAUGGAGAACGCGGAUAAUACAGAGGAGGAGAAGCCGACUAUAAGCAACGACAGCACAGACAAUGGCACUGAAACAGCAACAGAAGAACAGAGUAUGGACUUCAGUACGGAAAUUAUGAGUGUAACUGAGAUGGAACAAUCACCUGAUAGUUCCCCCGACUUGAAUGAAGAGAACACACAGGAGAGUGAAAUUCCAAAUAUUGAGAGUUUACAGACAACAGAUAUUGAAGCUUGCUUCCCUCCAGAUUUUGAAAAGUUCUGGAAAGUAGUAGAGGACAAUCCCCAGGAUUUCACAGGAUGGGUAUAUCUACUACAGUAUGUAGAGCAGGAGAACCACUUACCAGCUGCCAGGAAAGCAUUUGACAGGUUUUUCACACAUUAUCCAUAUUGCUAUGGAUAUUGGAAAAAGUACGCAGACCUUGAAAAGCGACAUGACAACGUUAAACAGUCUGAUGAGGUUUAUCGCAGAGGGCUGCAGGCAAUUCCUCUUAGUGUUGAUCUUUGGAUACACUAUAUAAACUUCUUAAAGGAGACCUUGGACCCUGCUGAUCCUGAAACUAACAGUACUAUUCGAGGAGCCUAUGAACAUGCAGUGUUAGCUGCUGGGACAGACUUCCGUUCUGACAGACUGUGGGAAAUGUAUAUAAACUGGGAAAAUGAACAGGGAAACCUAAGAGAAGUUACAUCCAUCUAUGACCGCAUCCUUGGAAUUCCAACACAGCUCUACAGUCAUCACUUCCAGAGGUUUAAAGAACAUAUACAGAACAACUUGCCUCGAGACCUGCUGACCACCGAGCAGUUUGUUCAGCUACGCAGAGAACUAGCGUCGGUGAACGGCCAUAGCGGGGAGGAUGCACAACCUGGAGAUGACCUGCCCUCUGGUACCGAAGACAUAACCGACCCUGCCAAGCUAAUCACUGAGAUAGAGAACAUGAGGCACAGAAUCAUUGAGAUUCAUCAAGAAAUGUUUAACCACAAUGAACAUGAAGUCAGUAAAAGGUGGACAUUUGAAGAAGCGAUAAAGAGGCCUUACUUUCACGUAAAACCUCUGGAGAAAAUUCAGCUGAAAAACUGGAAAGAGUACUUAGAAUUUGAAAUAGAGAAUGGCACUCAUGAACGAGUUGUGGUCCUCUUUGAGAGAUGUGUCAUUUCAUGUGCCCUCUAUGAGGACUUCUGGAUUAAGUAUGCCAAAUACAUGGAGAAUCAUAGUAUUGAAGGAGUGAGGCAUGUCUACAGCAGGGCUUGCACAAUACAUCUUCCUAAGAAACCAAUGGUCCACAUGCUGUGGGCUGCCUUUGAGGAGCAGCAGGGCAACAUCGAUGAAGCAAGAAGAAUCUUGAAAACAUUUGAAGAGUGUAUUCUAGGGCUAGCAAUGAUUCGCUUGCGAAGAGUGAGCUUAGAACGCAGACAUGGGAACAUGGAAGAAGCUGAACACCUGCUUGAAGAUGCUGUUAGGAAUGCCAAAUCAAUUAGUGAAUCGUCGUUUUACGCCAUCAAAUUAGCUCGACACCUCUUCAAAGUACAGAAAAACCUUCCAAAGGCAAGAAAAGUGCUGUCAGAAGCCAUAGAAAUUGACAAAGAAAAUACGAAACUGUAUCUCAACUUACUUGAAAUGGAAUACAGUGGUGACCUCAAGCAAAAUGAAGAAAACAUCUUGAGCUGUUUUGAUAAAGCUGUCAAUGGCGCAUUGUCUAUAAAAAUGAGGAUUACAUUUUCUCAGCGAAAAGUGGAAUUUCUUGAAGAUUUUGGUUCUGAUGUAAACAAGCUUCUGGAUGCUUACGAUGAACACCAAGCGCUUCUAAAGGAGCAGGAUUCUUUAAAAAGGAGAGCAGAGAACGGAUCAGAGGAGCCAGAUGAAAAGAAAAUGCUGACAGAUGACCCGACUUUGGCAUCAGCACAGAUGAUGGAUGGGGACAUGCAAGUCAACCAGGCAGCGUAUAACUACAACGCCUGGUACCAGUACAAUUACCAGAACGCGUGGAAUUACGGACAGUAUUAUCAUCCAACUUGAUCCGAAGAGUGAGCGAAGUUCACUGUGCUGCAGUUUCAACAAAGAUGGAAUUAAAAAAAAAAAAAAAUAUAUUUUUCUAAAUUAGGGAUGUGAAA